AUGUUUCUUUGUUUAGAUCAAUGUACCACCACGUCGGACUCCCAAUUCAAAGAUUUUAACGACGUUCUUCUGCUGACAGUGGACGACACGGAGUUCAACGUAGCGCAAAAAAUAUUAAAGAAUGUCGAAAUACCCUGCAAAAAAGACGAAAGUGGAAAAAACUGUUGCUUUGGAGAAAUCGGUAGCAACAAAGUUACGCUCCUGAAAGUUCCACACUUCGGCAAGACCGGCACUUCGUCAGGACAUGACAUUCUGGUUUAUGAAACAAUCCAAGAACUUAAACCGAAAGCUAUUGUUAGCCUGGGCGUUUGCGAUGGUGUAAGGAAAGAAGACCAUGACCUUGGUGAUGUCGUGGUGUCAUCACAAGUCUACUUUCUUGAACAACAGGAUGACGGUUUGUCGAAUUUUGAUCGUGCAGGGUAUGGCUGCAAUUUGGGACUGGUGCAUUUGUUCGACCGUGGGAUAUUUGCGUGGGUUGGUCCUUGUGAAAAUGUGGUAGUUCCAAAAGUCCAUGUUGGUCAGUUUACGACAGGUUUACAAGAUGGCGACGACAAAAAGAGGAAUUCGCACAAAACGGGAACCAUUGGAAUAGACAUGGCGUCAAAAAGUAGGUAUACUAAUGCGAACGAUCCGAAUAAUUUCCUCGUAAAACUGGAAAAAUAAACAAAAGUUGUUUGCUAAAUUUAAUCUUGUCAGUAAAUUAGAAGCGUCGUCCCGGGGAAAUUUUCUAAAUCUUUCAAAUCCGAGUAGAAAAUGGUUGUGCAGUAGGAAUAAUUAAAUAGACAAACUCUAUUUAAAAGAUCCAACCAAUUUCAUAACAAAUAUCAUUUUAGUCAAUUUAGUCGUUUCUUAUUGGUUAAUUAAAAACUGUACCGAUUAAAGAUUUAUCGGGACGUAUACGAGCACACGUCCAUUCCGCACGGUCACGUGAGUGCCGAAAUUUUAAACACAAAAUCUAAAUAAACAACGUGAAAAUUUAUAUUAUUGUCUCAGCUCUUAUUUACGCUCAAAUACAGGAGAUAAAGAAGAAAAAAAGAUUAUUUACAGUUUUUAUAGGUUUGAAUUUGAAAUAUAAUGUCAGAAAUUACACUCGUGCUACGCACUCGCAGUAUUAUAAAUAUUUUGCCACAAACGCGUUAUUUAUACUAUUCAAAAGCACAUUAUAUGUUCAAAAACUCAAGAUGGCUGCCAUUCUAUCAACCUGUGAACUUGGAAUGCCAGUGCCUAAACAGAGAUCGAAUCUGUAAGUUUGUAAUGACAAUUAGAGCCCCUAACCAGAGGCUAGAGGAGAACCGUAAAGCUCGUCAGAAAGUUAACAGAAACAUGUCACCUUCGGGUAACGCUCUCGUGUGUAAGACAUGAAUGUCUUUGAGUUCCGAUGUUUCCCUCAAAUAUCAAAGAUAACCUCCGUUUUAUCGUUUUAAGGGAUAUAUGCAACUUGUCAGAACUCUGGAGUACCGUGGCUGUCCUGUAAAUCUAUUACAAAGUGGGCAAAUGAUGAACUUGGAAAUUCGUCUUGGUGCCAAUUUGGUGCGGCAGUUUCAGCUUCUUACGUUCAGCAUGUGCUGAAGAGAUUUUAUAUUCCAGAGGAAGUUCAAGGUAUAUACACGGUUACGCAAUAUAUAGAGAAUAAUACACGCAAAAACACCCGGAUAGAAAAUUUCCUUGUUAGUCUAAAAUUAAUAGUAUUUAGAAUAAUUUAAUAUUCCUGGAUAAAUUUCCCGGUUAAUUUAACCGCAGUGCUGGUUAAUUUGAUCACUAUUGUGGCUAAUUUAAUCAGGGUAUAUGGUUGAACUAACGAGAUAAUUUUAAGUGGAUUAUUAACCAGGAAUUCUUGGUUGAUAAUCCACGUACCGAAAUCCGGUUUCAAUUAUUUAGAAGCGCUAUAACAUUUUGAAUAAUUUGGUACAAAUACUGUAUUUUUUUAAAUUUCCUUUCAAAAUAACUUUUCAAAAACUGAAAAAUCGCGCCGCGUUCUCGCAUCGCGUCUGGUGUGUCUCGGUGUUAAUACUGAUUCAGCAAUAAUUAUCACAGGUGCAACUGUCAUAAGUAAUCGCACAAGUGAGAUUAUUACUUAAUUUAAAUUAGUGACGAAAAGUCAGUAAAGUACUGUUUAAUAAACGAGCAGGAGUGUUUUAUUAGGUUUAAAGCCACGAGCGCGCAGCGCGAGUGGCUUUAGACCUAAUAAAACACGACCUGCGAGUUUAUUAAACGGCUUCAAACACGACUACAAAUUCAAUAGAUAUACUGCCUUAUUAGUAUUCUUUAUAUAAAGAACACCAAUGAGGACACGACUACAAUAGAUACUGCCUUAUUAGUAUUCUUUAUAUAAAGAAUACUAAUUAGGAGUGUUUUAUCAGGUUUAAAGCCACUGCACGUGACAUAUUAUGGUUGACAUGAUUUGCCAAUAAGCUUAUGAAUUAUUAAUGAGUGUUUGAAACAUUGUUUUAUAUAUACAUGUAAUAGAUUAUAUCUCAACUUUAAAUUGUCCAAUCAAAAAACAGCACGUGUGCCACAUGACGUUCUAAUUUUUUACCAAAUUCUAUGAUUACGUAAUGCAGCUUGAGAUAUCAUCUGUUGGUCGAUUGAACUAACAGUUGAAGGUUAAUUUAACCAGGAGCAGCUUCGAAAAAUGCAACUAUGGGCCCCCUGCCUGAACUAGCCUGCGAGGCUGACUCUGGUUAGGGGAAGGAAGUCCAGCCUGCAGUGGCUUCUAAUAAAUUUUCGUGCCGCCCUUAUAAUAAAUCCAAAUUCGCUUUGUAGAUUGACCAAUCAUGUCAGAGCAGAAUUUUGUUGUUUUCCUCUUGCGAAAUGUCAAUCACGCACGAUUUCAUUAAAUUAAUACAGGGAUGGCGAACUUCAGAGUUGUUGUUAAAAGCAAUUUUAUAGUUAGAGCAAAUGCAUUUUUUCGCGAGUUUUCUCGAGGGAACUAAUCAAUAUGCUUUGAGCGAAAAGUUAACCGGGAAUGCAAAGCCAUGUACGUAGGACAGUUGUUUGAAAUCCAUCAAACCUGAUCAACUCUCUUUAUUCUCAAACACCAUUGUAUAUAGGGAGAUUAAGGCUUAUUGCCAAAUACAAAACACUUUAUUGAGGAGCGCUUGCAACUUGGAAAAUUUGAAAGGUAACGAAAAUGAGCUAGGAAUCAACGCUACAUUGCUUUCGCAACAUCAACACUUAUUCCGUGCAGAAAUCCUAGAAUAUCUGCAUACUAUUUUACAGUGAAGUGAGUUAUCAGGAUAUUGUUAAUCUUGUUGCAAUGCUCUUAAACACUCCUCGAACGCCUUGUCGUUGCUGACCGUUUUGAAUAUUGAUAUUUAAGAAUUAUUGGACGAGGCUGAGCAAGAUAUCAGAAGCGAAGCUGGGGCAGAUAACACUGACCGAGGUCUGAAUAAUUCUAAUAUCCUGCGUAAGCCAAAUACAAUAAUAUUUUUAUUAUGCAUUAUUAUUCUAUUAUUUUUCAAAAUUAGAAAGCAGCAGAUCGAAGCGAUGGUCAAAACAAAAUAAUUUUACAAAAUUUCCCGCUUUUUUCCAAUUCAUGCAAAAUACCGCUGCAAAAAUACGCGGACACCUACAGAUACGAUAUUUAUUUUUGUUCACAUGGAGAUACGAGAUUUAUUUGUCAUGUUCAUGUCUGCACAGAGAUACGGAAAAUUAUAUGUAGGCUUUCAACCUAUAAGAAUACGAGAAAAUAGUAGAAUGAAUAAUAAUACAAUUGAUUGACGUCUCAUUAGAGCUAUAACCAAUGAAUCUAUAGUUCGAAGGCGAAUGCUAUACACGAAAAUAUAUUAAGCGACUGCAGGCUCUUCCUUCCCCUAACCUGAGCCUGCCUCGCAGGCUAGAAUUGAACGUGCGGCCUUGCGAUUCCGGAUUUCCGGUACAGCGCUCUAACCAACUGAGUUACAGAGUUCAGUUAUCCAGCUCUAAUCACAAGAACUUGUAUGUAUAAAGUAUAGUGGGUGAUGUACCGCCCGCGAUGUUUAUUGCUGAUAUGCUUGUAUUCGCGUGCCACAGUAAGGAAACAUCAUCUUAAGUUGGUACGAUUGUUAGUAAAUGUAUAUUGCAAGCGUGCACUUAUUAUAGAAUCGACCCGAGAUGUUGGGCAGUCAAAAAUGUCACAGUCACUAGUAUUUUGACUAAUUGUAAAUGUUUAUACUUUAUAAUCAUGUGUAAUGACUUAGUUAUGCGUAAAAAAUUACACAAGCGGCGACAAUUUAAAAUAAACUGUAGCAAGUAUGCUACAUGAUACAGUUGCUUCAGCACUUUUGAUAGCGAUCAAAGUAUACAGUAUAGUGGGUGAUGUACCGCCCGGCCGUAUGCCCACCCGCGUAAUGUGUAAAACGACACUUUUUUAACUUCCAAAAGCAAGCUGGUGCUUCGUUGCUUUAAGCUCUUUCGCCCUUACUCUAACAGAUAACGCCUACAUUUUAACCAUAUUUUCUAUAUUUGACCACAGUGUUUGCCAAGUCCGUGCCCAAGAUCUGCCUUCCUCCCAUGGUGCCCCAUUUCAUUGGUCGACAACAAAAAAUUGAAGAUAUCUCGCAUGCGUUGACGUCCACAUCUGCUUGGCUAGUCUCUGUAUCUGGACCCCCUGGUUUUGGCAAAACCUCAUUGGCUAUUGCAGUAGGACACCAACUUAGACAGCUCGGACUACCAGUUUAUUUCCUUUCCUUGAGAAGCGUCAAGACAGCAAAAGAGCUGAUCUCUGACCUGUUAAACACCUUUGCACAUGCGUCUGAUGUAACGGGGCGAGAGAGUUCAAAACUAUGCGGACUCCUCAGUGCAAUUCCUUCCAAUAUUUGUAUCAUCCUCGAUAACGCCGAUGACCUUUUUGAGAGUGGUGGUGAAACGAGCCAAGAUGUUUUAGACAUGCUGGAAAAGAUCUUUUCUCAUUGCAAGAAUGUAUCCUUUCUACUCACCACAAGGGUAAGUCUUCAAUCGGUGCUUGGAAGAAAAUUUGAGAAUCAAAAGUCUGUUAGUGUGACAUCGCUAGACAGGAAAUCGGCACAAAUGCUUGUUCAAGAACUUGUCCUUAUUGCUGAUGAAAGUGAAUGCUGCAGAGUGGCUGAGGUUUGUGGACACGUUCCGCUGGCCAUCAAGCUUUUGUGCGGUCAAAUCGUUGACGAGAAGAAGAGUAUAUCUCAAUUUCUUGACAACUUUAGCCGUUCCUCAAAAAAGCUAGCAGACUUGUUAGACGAUCCAGAUGCGCCUACUGAUCAAAAUUUAAAUGUCUUGUUCGAGUCUUAUUUCAAAAGACUAUCUCGAGAAGAGCAAGAAGCAUUUGUUUGUCUUUCAGUUUUUGUCAGUGAAGUGUUCAACGAGCAAGCAGCAGUAAACGUCAUUGGGGGAGAUGAAGACACAGCAAAGAAAACUUUGUUGAGACUCCAGAGAAAAUAUUUGGUUGAAGCAAAUUCCUCCGAAGCAGUGCUGUUUUCUUUUCAUCCUCUGGUCAGGUCAUUUGGUUCCGAAAAAGCAGCUGUUGACAUGAAAGAAAUUGCCGGCGAAGCACAAAGGCGAUUCCUGAGUUAUUACGUCAAGUUGUUUAAAGAUUUAAACAACCAGUUUCUUGCUAGAAACUCUCUCCUGGCAUUUCACGAUUUUGAAUUUAACAAAGAAAACAUGAUGCAUAGUCUCUCCGAAGGUCUUCAAGACGAGGUUGUCUGUGACGGAAUUUUCGAUGUUCUUUCCGAUGCGGAUCUGUUUCUGGACACUAUUUUCUACUUUCACCAUUUCCUGAUUUUUCAAGAAAUUUAUAAAUCAGCAAUAGCCAAGGCAAAAGAGCAGCGUAAAUUUAAAGCUGUACACCAAUUGUUAAUUGCUAAAGCUUUUGGUGAAAUAACCUGGGAUUACGGAGCUACAUUUGUAUUACUAAACGAGGCCGAAGAAAUAGAGAACCAAAACCCUCUUCUUACUUCAGAAGCUGCUAUGGGAAAACGAAUGUGUUACCAUGGUAUUCACUUGCUAAGUCAUGGAGCGGCAGCGAACGCAGCCGAAAUUCUUGAAAGAGGGAUAUCUCUAUUGAGUUUUGAAAAUACUGUACUUUAG